CAUAUCUUCCCUCAGAAGUGGUGCAGCUCCUAGCUCCACAUUUACGUAAAAACUAGGAAUCUUCAAUCAUUAUCGCACAUCGCUUUUAUCUUUUUCUAUCCCAGCUGCAUAUUAAAUAAUUUUGAAAUUAUUUGUCAGCCAAGAUUCUUUCAAUCAUACGAAAAACUUUCCGCCUCUCUCUUCACCACGUACUUUCACAACUUCUUAUAUAUUUGAAGACACCCCAGUCUUUGAAACAACAACAAAAUAAGACAUCCCAAUUGUUUGAAGCAACACUAUACGAAGGCAUCCCAAGUCUUUGAAGCAACAACAACAUAAGGAGUAACUAGUUCCAAAAAGCAAUCCAACUAGGUUUAGAAUUCACCAAAUCUGAAGCAUUCUUUCGAUCUAAAAUGGUGAACUACGUCCAAGCUGCUCCGAUCAACUCGGACGAAAAUUUGGCUGCUAACGCUGCUCCACCUGCCACGACUGUCACUGCUCCGACUACCACGACUACCACCACUACCACGACUGUCAGCAACGUAACGUCUGCGGGUGCGCCUGUUACAACUGCGACUGCAACAGGCGCUUCUACUUCUGGUCCUACGUCGUACGUUCAAGCGAAGGCUGCUACGCGCAGAUCCACUACGACGGACGCUCCUGAUGGAGCGCAUAACUUGGAUGCGCCGCAUUUGAAUAUGCCUAGCACCCACAUGUUCCCCGAUCACCCUCACGCAGAUCCGUCUUUGCCAGCGCCUAACGUCAACAUGCCUAGCACCCACAUGUUCACGGAUCACCCUCACGCAGAUCCGUCUUUGCCAGCGCCUCACGUCAACAUGCCGAGUACGCACAUGUUCCCGGAUCACCCUCACGCAGAUCCGUCUUUGCCAGCGCCUCACGUCAACAUGCCGAGUACGCACAUGUUCCCGGAUCACCCUCACGCAGAUCCGUCUUUGCCAGCGCCUCACGUCAACAUGCCGAGUACGCACAUGUUCCCGGAUCAUCCGCAUUUUGA